GGUCGGCUGCAGGGUCCCGCCUGCGCCUGGGCCCCAGCCCCGCCCGGUCCUCCACCCCCGGUUCGGCCCAGUCCUCUGUCCCCGCCUCGGCCGCGAUCCACCCGGUCCUCCUUCCCCGUCCCCGCCACUCGGCCCUCCGUCCCCGCCCGGCUCAGUCCUUGGUCCCUCCGCCGCCCGAUCUUCAGCCACCGAGCAGCCAGGUCCUCCGUCGCGGUGGCGGCCGGGUCCUCGGGCGCGAGCCCGCCAUGGAGGUGGAGGAGGCGUUCCAGGCGGUGGGCGAGAUGGGCCUCUAUCAGAUGUACUUGUGCUUCCUGCUGGCCGUGCUGCUGCAGCUCUAUGUGGCCACAGAAGCCAUCCUCAUUGCACUGAUUGGAGCUACACCAGCAUACCACUGGGACAUGGCGGAUCUCCUGCCCAACCAGAGCCACAGCAACCAGACUUUGGGCAAAGGCCAGGCCUUCGGGGACUGGCUGCUGACCGCCAAUGGCAGUGAAAUCCAUAAGCAUGUGCAUUUCAGCAACAGCUUCACUUCUAUUGCCUCUGAGUGGUUUCUAAUUGCCAACCGAUCUUACAAAGUCAGCGCGGCCAGCUCCCUUUUCUUCAGCGGCGUGUUCGUUGGCGUUAUCUCCUUCGGUCAGCUUUCAGAUCGAUUUGGAAGGAAAAAAGUCUAUCUCACAGGUUUUGCUCUUGACAUCUUAUUUGCUAUCGCAAAUGGAUUUUCCCCCUCCUAUGAAUUCUUUGCAGUAACUCGCUUCUUGGUGGGCAUGAUGAAUGGAGGGAUGUCCCUGGUGGCCUUUGUCUUGCUAAACGAGUGCGUGGGCACCGCCUACUGGGCACUUGCAGGAUCGAUUGGCGGUCUCUUCUUUGCUGUUGGCAUCGCGCAGUAUGCCCUAUUAGGGUACUUCAUCCGCUCCUGGAGGACCCUAGCUGUUCUGGUCAACCUUCAGGGAACAGUGGUCUUCCUCUUAUCUUUAUUCAUUCCUGAAUCACCUCGUUGGUUAUACUCCCAGGGUCGGCUGAGUGAGGCGGAAGAGGCUCUGUACCUCAUUGCCAAGAGGAACCGCAAGCUCAAGUGUACAUUCUCACUAACAUACCCGGCCAACAGGAGCUACAGGGCAACUGGAAGCUUCCUAGAUCUGUUCCGUUACCGGAUCCUCCUAGGACAUACCCUGAUCCUGAUGUUCAUCUGGUUUGUGUGCAGCUUGGUGUACUACGGCCUCACCCUGAGUGCGGGUGACCUAGGGGGCAGCAUUUAUGCCAACCUGGCUUUAUCUGGCCUCAUAGAGAUUCCAUCCUACCCUCUCUGCAUCUACCUGAUUAACCAAAGAUGGUUUGGUCGGAAGCGCACACUGGCAGCUUUUCUGUGCCUUGGAGGACUGGCCUGUCUUAUUGUGAUGUUUCUUCCGGAAAAGAAAGACACAGGCGUGUUUGCGGUGGUCAACAGCCAUUCCUUAUCCCUGCUGGGGAAACUGACCAUCAGUGCUGCCUUCAACAUUGUUUACAUCUACACCUCUGAGCUGUACCCCACGGUCAUCAGAAACGUCGGCCUGGGAGCGUGCUCCAUGUUCUCCCGAGUCGGUGGGAUCAUUGCCCCCUUCGUCCCCUCCCUGAAGGACGUACAGUGGUCUCUGCCCUUCAUCGUGUUUGGAGCCACAGGCCUGACCUCAGGCCUCCUGAGCCUCUUAUUGCCAGAGACUCUGAACAGCCCUUUGCUGGAGACAUUUUCUGAUCUUCAAAUGUACUCAUACAGGAGGUUAGGGGAGGAAGCGCUGUCUCUUCAGACCUUGGACCCUCCACAGCCCCUGGACAAGACCAGCAGCGAGAGUGAGGAGGAGGAAGAGUUCUAUGAUGCAGAUGAGGAGACACAGAUGAUCAAGUGAACAGCCUGCAUUCCUGCCCAGAAGCAGAGCCCCGUCAUCCUUAGUGCCUCGUUCAGCUUCAGCACCAGAGAUGUACUCAGCCCACACUGACGCUUUCCAGACAGGAAAGGCGGUGGAGGAGAGAUUCCAAAAGGGAGAACUUGCUGCGUUGAGAGAGUCAUUGCUGACUUGUUCGGGACUGGGGCUGAGCUCAGCACCGGUCUCUGGCUGCACAGCUCAGAUCCACCCUGUAGGACUGGUGCUUCAUGCCACUACCCUUCCUCGGGACCUAAGAGUGGGUGUAUGAAACUGCUCCCACUUUAACUAGGAUUAGACCUUCCCUGAGAUUUCAUCUUCCUAGCAAGCAUCCCUGUCACUUGCUUCUCCCCCACCAGGAACCUUCUGGUGCAGGCUGAUGUGUACAGAGCUCCCAGCUUCCCCUCAGCUCACUGGCUGGUUCCCAGCUCAUUGGUUGCUGGUGCAGCUUGUGCCUUUAGUCUGAGGUCAUUCACUAAUAAAGGGCAGAAUUAGCGGAGCAGCUAUCAGAAGACUGGCUGUGGCAGGGAAGAUCCCUUUGACACUUGCGUCGUGCGGAUUUUUCCCCACUUGGAAGCAUUUGGGGAAUGUUUUCCUUUGUGAGAUUCUAGCAUCAGCAAUAACUUCAAAAUCAUGCCUAGUCAACAAGGAAACUUUACAGACUGAGGGUGGCGAGCAAGUGAUGCACUAAGCACUUUUUAAAUGACUUAAGAGUGGAGAUUUUCUCUCACAGUGUCGUCAGUGUGCAACAAGGGACAUGCACAGCACACCAGGACCGGACUCUGCCCUGCAUCAGUCUCUACUUGUUAUUUAAAAGGCAGGGCGGGUUUUUUUUUGUUUUUAAAGAAAAUUGUGGGUUUUCAUUGAGUGCUUCCAUAGAUUUCCAAAUGAAUCAAAACCUGUCUCUCACAGAACUUGAACAAUGGCAUAUAAGCCAGGAGUCCACAUGUGGGCAAUCAAUCGAUCACAUCCCGAUCAGGGAAACAGCUGUGUGUUUAGGAUUUCUGUGCCUGCUAAUCUCCUGGGAGUAGAAAGCACACCGAUGUGAAGGGAAGGUGCUCUGUAGAUGCCCCUGGAAACUGUGCAAGCCUGUGUUCUUUGCCUCCAGAUAUGUUCCUGGACUCCUCCGUGUUGUCUGGGCUUUUACUGUACCCGUCUGUUCCUCUGUUAAAUCAUUUUUCCUUUGUGCCCUUGGGCAUGGGGGAGCCAUUCCUACCAUUAUGGGGAACACUGGUUGGCCAGAAUGCAGUGAAGACCCCAUAGGUGAUCCUGUGUCUAGCUGUCAGAAAGAUCAUAGAACUCCCUGCAGCAUCAUAUCUGCAAAUUCCUGUAAAGGGCAUCCCACCCUCCAAAGUGCAAAGUCCUGCUGCUCUCCG